AUGAUACCUCAUUCUUCUGCCGGCGUCCAAUCGUGGGGUCAUCCCCUGCGCGCCGUUACCAGCGGCUCUGGACGUGUGGAUGCAUCUCAAACCGUGAGACCGUCUGACCCUCAGCCCGAGAAGCUACCGACAACUGUACCGCCGCCGCAAACUAGACCGCCGGCAGUCAUUGACCUUACAACGAGUGGUGGUGAUGCGCAAGAAAUAGAGCCCCCGCCAAAAAAGCUUCGGUUGGAUCUACCUACGGCACCUUCCGCCCGAGAUGUGAGCCCUGCGCCGGGGAGCGGUGGAGAGCUGAGAAGUACGCCAGGAACGGGGGGUUCAAAACCUUCGCUCUCUUGGCGCAAUCGGCCUGUAUGGUCGUUCCAGGCUAUGCUAUCAGAGGUCCCAGGGAGUAAUGCGAGGAAUGAGGAAGAUGCGGCAGCUGUCACGCAGGGAGGAAAACCAGCAUCGCCGCCUCCUUUGCCCGGCUUGCCUUGGAAGUAUGCCCCCUCGGAGUCGUUGGGAAGUAAUAAUUCAACGUCACGAGCCUGUUCGCCCGGGAAGGAAGUACAGACGACCCCCUAUCGUAUUGAGAUACCUUCAGUCGCACCUGUGCUUAAAGGAGAGAAGGUUGCGGAUUUCUCACCGUGGACUGGAAAUCACCCUGAAGAUGUCCUCAACGAACAGACGGCAAAGCAGGGGCACUAUGACCGCACACAGGUGUCUCAAAAUGAGUCAAACACCGCACGACCCUCGUUAUACGCACAGUUGAAACAUCGCUCCGGUUUGCAAAUGCUUUCUUCCGUUUUUGCUGCGGCUCUUGAGAAAAGACAGAACCAUAGCCUGGUUACGGCGCCAUCGACCUUCAAACCCCCACCACGGGUGACCCUAACAGAUAACAAACGCGAGGCCUGGCUUCGUGACCUGGCAAAUCCGUCUGUCCCCUUACGCAAGUUAAGUCGAACGAUUCCCCACGGCAUCCGGGGAAAGGCUCUUCUAGAUCAAUGCCUGAACAAAGGCAUCCCAGUCGGCCGAGCUGUGUGGCUGGCAAAGUGUGUUGGUGCUAACGAAAUCCGUGCGUUCAAAAGAAAAGGCACGAGUGGUACACUAGCGCUGGGCCUAGAAGCAAAAUGGGUCCGUGACUGGACAACGACCGUUCAGCACUUCUUAGAAGGUGUAGUAGGUACCUGUGGGUCUGCGCAAUGGAAAACGAAGAUGACAUAUGCGGUGAGCUUGACUGCUCGCUUGUUCUUUGAGCGUCUACUAGACCACGACCAGUACCUUGGAUGGUUCUUAUCCUCACUGGAGGCUGCGCCAGUCAGUACAGUUCCAGUUUGGCUUUUGAUGCUAGGUAUAUAUUGGGAUAAUCUCAUGCGGUACCGGAAGCGUGGGCGACGGCUCGCCGAGUUGCUGGUUGAGAAGUUACGCCAGGUCUCCCAACCAGAAAAUGUCGGACCCCUGCAGCCCCUCGUGGAUCGAUUAUCCCUUUAUAUCAGGAGACUUGUUCUCGAGCACACUUCGUCAGCCGUUCUUCCGAGUUCUUGGGAAAAGCACAAAGACCUUAUUUCUUCCUGUCUGGACUUGAAGGACAAUAUCCACAAAACGAUAUUUCAGAAUCUUUCCGAACGUAAUUCGCGGCUGCAGCUACCCAAGAAUCAUCAAGAGACAACCCAACGAUCACCACAACAACGUGUGAUUCAGUUAUUUGACUCUAUUCGCUCCGCUCAUGAUAUUUCAACUGCCUCGGUUGCAUGCCUGAAGACGAUAGAAGAUAAAGCUGUUCUCAUUUCCAAGCUUCUCGAGUGGGCGGCCACUCCGUUCCGUUAUGGUCUUUGCCGUGUAUAUACUGGCGUCCGCCUUCUGCGGAAGUGGAAGGCAUCUGGGGUCGAUAUUGACUCAUAUAUCCUUCCUUUCCUUGCUGAGGUUCGAAUGACUAGCACAUUAAACAUGGAGAAUAUCUACCAUAUCAUUUCGGAGCUAGUCCGAUCUCAGACAUUCUCUGUAGGUAGGUACCUGCAGUGGCUGAUGGCAAAAGGUGUCACGAGCAGCUCGCAGGCCGCAUCAGGCGAACUCUAUCUCUUAAAGCAACUACCUCCCAGUCGACUUCCGGACCAUAUGCGCAAUCUUCGCAACACGCUCCUCUAUCAGGCUGGAAUCCCGGUGUUGCAGGAGGAGUCAGCGAUCGCAGAGCUUAAACUAUCGAUUUCUCAACGCCUACCCGCUAUCUUCGGCGCUGAGAUGGGCAGUGCGAUGCCCAAUGAAUCGUCACAGCCGAACCCCACUUGGGCUGUCAAAUCUGAAAUCGGGCAGUGGAUUCGAUGCGGAGUUGCUGGGCACUGUCGCGAUUCACCUAGGAAAUUGUCCGGCGUGUCCGUUGCAAUUGACUCAGGUGUAUCUGCUCUCACUCCCGAUGAGUUUUAUAGGAUUAGGGAGAUCUUGGAGACCUUUGGUGAUCUCUCAAUGCUGGCAGAUAUACUGAAACAAGCUACACGCUGCAAUGAUGACGUUGUCCUAGCUUCUGUUGCCGAUACAAUCAACUAUCAUUUUGAUUGUUUCUGUGUAAUUGGUGCCACAUCUGAUCUAUUCAGGGGUCUUGUCGAGUCAUAUGCUCGUCUGAAGAGGCUAGGCACUGCAAGUUUGGACUUGCUUUUUUCACUCAUUGAACUAGGGCUCCGACUACCUAGUGAAUUUAACACCGUGGCUCUCUUGCGUCAGGAUCUUACUCGGAUAGAGAGCAAAUCAGCUUUAGCAGCCCCCUCCCCGCUCUCGGACAGCAUUCCCAUAACACUCACUGAUGUCGAUCCUGCAUUCCAGGAGAAGUUGAAUCAGCUUCUCUCAUCUGGAGGUGGCAUGGACGAGUCCACAAUGGAUACAGUCUUCUAUUCCCUUAUAAAGAUAUUGGAAAGCAGUGAGGCAGCCGCAAAGCUGCCCGCAAAUGAAACCGCUAGGUAUCUAGCUUAUGUGCGGCCUUUCCAUCCGAAGCAUUUCGACACUAUGUUGAUACGAUGGAUUUGUGGGCUUCUGAAAUCCUCCACUCAGCCUAUGUCUCGAAUACUUCCCCCUCUUAUCGGAGUUGGGUGCGUCACUAUACAUGCUUUUGUGUUUUUGGUGAAAAAGCUGUUGAAUUCGGGAGAAGUAGCUGCUGUAAUUCCUAACUUGGCCGGAUUGCGAGUGGACCUGCUUCAGCUUCUUGUUCCACCGGGGUCAGAGCAGUGUAGAUAUGCUGAUAUGGUUACAUACCGUUUCCAUCUUGCGCAACAUGAGUUCUUUGCGAAGCACCCCCAAGAAACGCUUGACAUCAUUUGCGAUGCGGUUGCGUCCGCCCAUUCGGAAGAGCAAAUAGCUGGACUCGUUCCAGGACAGCCCGACAUCACAGGUUGUGCGAUUAAAUUACUCGAUAUCCUUCUUACUCAGAAUCCGGAAGUCACGGCCCAAUACUGUCUGCAAGGCUUUGUUGGGAAGCACUCGGUAUCAACAAGCAUCUUGCAGAGGGCUCUUGAUCAUCUCUUGCGCUUUGACGCGCAUGCUGGUCCACCCUCAUUGUCCGAAGCUGAAAGGGUCGUCCGUAUGACUGAUGACUUUUCCCUUCCGUUUUGCCAGUUGAAACUCCAGAUGCUUUUCAACGCAGAAUCUGGUCAAAAUGUAGGAAAUGGUAUCGUAGAUGUGAUGUUCAAGGCCGCUGUAGAAGAUACCCGUUCAAAAGGAUCGAAUUGGAUUGGUUUUGUCGGCCUGAUGAGCCAAGAUGUAAUAAGACAGAUUCGAGAGCGUGCCGAACGAGCUCUCUUUUCAAUACCAUUAUUUGAAGAACAUCUUGAUGCCCAUGGACCCUCGACCACAGCCAAUAAUGCCAAGUCUCUAGAGACCGCGAAGUUAUACCUUACAAUUAUCGAGAAGCUUGCUUACAGCGUACCUGAUGGAGGUGUGCAAUCUGUGGCUCCUGUUCUUGUCGAGAGAAUGGACCUUCUACUCCACAAGCUUGUCAUCAUGCAAACCCAUCUCAACAAUGUCGCUACGAAUAAGCACAGUGCGACUACGAGUCAAAUACUUCAGUCCCGGUCGAACUUUGAGAGGGCACUCGCAUUCUGGUUCUCUGCUUUACUACGGAUGAUUGUGAUACAUCGAGCUGCAUUUAACGUACCAUCUCUGGCGCCUAAGCCCAGUAGCCCGCAGGAGCAGUCUCGCUUACUGAUCUCGAUUCUUUGCAUAUCGCUUGCACGUCUUCCGGACAGCGUGAUACGACUUUUCCCGGCAGCUGACUAUUUCCCUCACCCCGUACCAUCUCAGGGCUAUCAGCCCUGUCCAGGGAUUCUGCUUCAGACCCAUGCGUUGGACGUUGCAGCCUCGCUGAUCGACACAUUCCCAGAUGAUGCUCGGCAACAGUGCGCCCGUUUUCUCAAAGAAAAAUGUCCUCCCUUCGUUCAGUACCAAAACGACUCCCGAUUUAUCUACCUUCUCGGCCCCAUGAGUGAUUCAGCAUCACUAAAUAGCUUACAGCCUGCUUCUCUUCCAUCACCUGCAGCUGGUGGUUCUACUCCAACUCCAACCCCGUCGAGCGCUCUGCCGGGUGGUCUGUCUACUGCACAAACGCCUGCUACAGCCCCUGCAGGUACCUCAAUGGGACUCUCUGAAGGCAUUAAUUGCGUCGCCAGCCACCUCCGCCUUCAAUACCGGGGCCGUGUUAUGGGACCCUACCCAGUACGCCCUUGGGAGCUCCUUGAAGAUGCAGCACCCAUUGUUGGCGUGAACGAUACCGCAGUCAAUCUGAAAUACUUCGAUGCUCGGCGAGUCCGAGCUUAG